UUCCAACCGCACGCACGCGUCAGUGUUGUUCAUUUCUAUUCAGAGUGCAUCGUACUUACUUAGUUUCGUUAUAAAACUGUUUUGUAACAAGCGAUUUAUAGUACUUGUAUGUGAUAGUGUAAAAUAUUUACGACUAUAAACAAUAUAAAUAGUGCACUGAGGGCUACCAACGCACCAGCCAUGCGGCGGCUGUACCUCACUGAUCGGCACCUGCGGGUGAUGCUAUGGUGCAUCCUGCUAGGGCUGCAGCCAGCCUUCUCCGGCAUCCUAGACCCCUUCAACUGGGCCAGGUCCGACAGGAUCGAGGUCAACAUACCAUGGUUACCAUUUGAGAACGAGACUCGGUGCUACGACGAGCUGGGCUGCCUGAACAUCACCCGCAGCUGGUACCACCUCAUCCACAGACCCUUCAACGUCUUCCCGCUGCCCAGGGUCGUCAUCAACACCAGGUUCAUUCUAUACACCAAGAAGAAUCCCACAGACGGUCAGAUUCUGAACGUGAACGUGAACAAGACGAUCGUGAAGUCCAACUUCAGCCCGCGAAGACUCACCAAGAUGAUCAUACAUGGGUUCAUAGACACGCCGCUCUCCAACUGGGUGAGCGAGAUGAAGGACGAAUUGGUGAAGGCAGGCGACUUCAACGUGGUGGUGGUGGACUGGGCGGGCGGCAGCCUGCCACUGUACACGCAGGCCACCGCCAACACCCGCCUCGUCGGCCUCGAGGUGGCGCACUUCAUCAACACGUUGCAGAAAGACCAUGGUCUGAAUCCGCUGGAUGUUCAUAUCAUUGGACACUCUCUGGGUGCGCAUACGGCAGGGUACGCCGGUGAAAGAAUAAAGGAUUUGGGGAGAAUAACAGGGCUUGAUCCCGCGGAACCGUACUUCCAAGGCAUGCCAACUCAUGUCAGGCUAGACCCGACGGAUGCGCAGCUUGUCGACGUCAUACACACGGACGGAAAGAGCAUUUUCUUAUUAGGAUAUGGGAUGUCCCAACCAGUUGGACACCUGGACUUUUACCCUAACAAUGGGAAGGAACAGCCUGGAUGUGACUUGACCGAGGCCCCUCUCAUUCCUCUGACCCUGGUUAAACAGGGCUUGGAGGAGGCUUCGAGGGUUUUGGUGGCCUGCAACCAUGUGAGAGCCAUAAAACUCUUCACGGAGUCCAUCAAUGGAAAAUGCCCGUAUAUAGGACACCAAUGCCCUUCAUAUCAACAUUUUGUAGCUGGGAAAUGUUUUAACUGCGGCCAUGGGUGUGCUAUAAUGGGAUUCCAUGCUGAUAGCUCUCCCGGGCUGAUUACUAACAAGGACAACCAGACUGAAAACGAAGUGUACCCGUCUGAGGAACAAGAAACUAUUGGAGCAAAAUAUUACCUGAGCACCGGCAAGGAACUACCUUUUUGUCAGCGACACUACAGGAUAGUGGUUCACUUGGCAAAUCCAAAGGGCGCUGAAUCUUGGGUCCAGGGUUUCCUAAAAGUGACGUUGAUGUCUGAUAGAGGAGCAAUAAGAGGCAUGGAUCUCACGCCAAAUAAUUAUGUCAAGUUAGAACAUGGAACUUCUUAUACCGUUGUGGUCACUCAUCCAAUGGACUUAGGAGGAAAAGUUAGAAAAGUGGAGCUAUCGUGGGAGUACGACAUGAACGUACUGGAGCCGCGAUCGCUGUGUAUACUGUGGUGCAACGACCGCCUCUACGUCAAGUCAGUUAUUGUCGACCAGAUGGAACUGCCUACUAGAGGAAAACGGAACGUAGAUUUCAGCAGUAAACUGUGCACGCCGAAACGAGAGUUCGCUGAAAUACCGAACAGGGGGUCAGCGAGCUUCUACGACAACUGCAACAGUUAGAUACCGGAUAUAUUGUUUGGAAGGCCGGAAAAAUUCAGAACAUUGAAAAAAGAACUAUGGACCAAUACAACAGAGUUAAAAAUCGAACAGGCAAUUUGAUAACUGAAGAUAAGCGGAUGAAGUUGGUAACUAAAAUUUUACAACAUAAGAGCAAU